AUGUCUUCUCGCCGGAGAGUUCUUCUGAAGGUUAUCAUUCUCGGAGAUAGCGGGUUCGUGAAUCGAAAAUUUAGUAAUCAGUAUAAAGCGACGAUUGGAGCAGAUUUCUUGACUAAAGAGGUUCAAAUUGAUGACAGGAUGUUCACUUUACAGAUUUGGGAUACUGCUGGGCAAGAAAGGUUCCAGAGUUUGGGAGUAGCUUUUUACCGAGGAGCUGAUUGUUGUGUUCUUGUGUACGAUGUCAAUGUUAUGAAAUCUUUCGAAAAUCUUAAUAACUGGAGGGAAGAGUUCUUGAUUCAGGCAAGUCCAUCGGAUCCUGAGAACUUCCCGUUUGUCGUGUUGGGGAACAAGACCGAUGUUGACGGUGGCAAGAGCCGAGUGGUUUCUGAGAAGAAAGCAAAGGCAUGGUGUGCUUCUAAAGGAAACAUUCCUUACUUUGAGACUUCCGCGAAAGAAGGAUUCAAUGUGGAUGCAGCUUUCGAAUGCAUAACCAAAAAUGCAUUCAAGAAUGAACCUGAAGAAGAACCGUACAUGCCCGACACCAUUGAUGUUGCAGGGGGUCAGCAACAAAGAUCAACAGGGUGUGAAUGCUGA